AUGGCCGAUACAGUAAAGUCAGAAGCAAGUCAAGUUGAUAUGGAUUCCUAUCCACUAUUCAAAGAUUUUUCUGCGGUAAAAAGUAGUGAUGAAAACGCAUUUACGAUUGAUCAAAAUGAUAUCGAAGAAAUACAAAAUAAAAUAAAAUCAAAAUCAACACAGAAUGAUGUUAAAAAAAUUAAAAUUAAUAAGCCAGUUAAAUAUCAUGCAGCAGUCUGUGAUAUUUGUUCAGUAUUAUUAAGUGGUCUUAAGGAUUAUUACAGUCAUGUCGAAGGUAAAAAACAUAAACUGGUAUUAAAAGAGAUACUUAGUAAAAAUGCUGAAUAUAAACAACUAACAUAUGAAGAACUUUGUCGGAGAAAACAAGAAACAUUAGCACAGAAUAAUCAAAAUCAAAAAGUAGAAGUUUCUUCGUCGGAAGAGAAAUCAACAACAUCUUUGCCAGCAAUAAACAAAUAUAUUUGUCAUUUAUGUAACGUUAUUUGUAAUAGUCAACAAAUGUGGGAUGAUCAUAUUAAUGGAAAAAGGCAUCAAACAAAACUUAAAUUACAUAAUCUUAUGAAUUCUUCAACAUCUGAACCUACAUCUGAUAAUAAUCCGACAUCUUCAAAUUAUUGUGAUGUUUGUUCAUUACAAUUUAGUACAGAAGCGAAAUUAACUGAACAUCUACAACAAACACGACAUCAAGAACGAGUAGCAGAAGAAGAAUAUUGUAUUAGUGAAGCUACUUCUAUGAAUAUUAAUAUUGAUGAUUAUAGAACUGCACCAAUAGCAGAAAAACAACAUUUAUUUAUAUAUGAAUGUUCAACAUGUAGUAAAAAAUUUAAAAGUAAAAAGCAUCUUAUUGGACAUCUCAAAAGUGUGCUUCAUCGUCGUAAUCGACAAACUCAACUACAUAUAAAAAAUAAAUCCGCAACGAAUAAUCAAAUUUCUCCUUCAUUUCGUAGUUCAAAAAGGCCUUACGUAAAGCCACGUCCGCCAUAUCAAUCUCAAAAUUUUCGACAACAACCGCCACUCAAUCAAAAUCUUAAUCAGCAAAUGUCAAAUAAUAUUUUUGGUGCAUUCGAUCCCGAUAAUCAAUAUGGCAUGAAACGGCCAAUACAAUCUGUAUCAAAUUCCAAUCAAUAUGAUGGAUCUUAUUCUAAACGAACACGUACAUAUAAUAAUAAUAAUGACUAUAAUUCACAAUAUGCCUAUUCAAAUCAAAAUAAUUACGAUUCAACAUCAAAUUUUUCUCAAAAUUCAACAAACAAUUAUGAAAAUCAAUAUAAUCCUACGCAAUAUUCAACCGGUUCUUAUUGUGAUUCAUACUCUACAUCUAAUUAUACAAAUCCAAUAAAUUAUUCUUCUCAACAACCACCAACGUCAUCUGAUUACCAAUCAUCGCUUGCAAAUUAUUAUUCGGAAUAUUCAGCAUUUUAUGGUGAUAAUACAAAUCAAGGAAAUAAUUUGUAUUAUCAACAAUAA